CACGGAAAUUUAUAUUCAUUGGACACUGCGCGUUUAUGACGGUGUGACGUGAACCCAACCCAAAAUUCCUGAAACGCUUUCCGUUUUUUUUAGUUUAGUGUCUCGUCUUUAAGUUGAAAACUUCUUCACCAACGAUCGGGCAAUAAUGCAGACCAUCAAGUGUGUCGUUGUGGGAGAUGGCGCUGUCGGUAAAACGUGUUUAUUAAUUAGCUACACGACGAACAAAUUUCCGUCGGAAUACGUGCCCACCGUGUUCGACAAUUAUGCCGUCACUGUUAUGAUCGGCGGAGAGCCCUAUACUCUGGGUCUUUUCGAUACAGCAGGGCAAGAAGAUUACGACCGACUGCGUCCCCUGAGUUACCCACAGACCGACGUUUUCCUAGUGUGUUUUUCUGUAGUUAGUCCGUCCUCGUUUGAGAACGUCAAAGAAAAGUGGGUGCCCGAAAUCACGCACCAUUGUCAGAAAACGCCGUUCCUGCUGGUCGGCACUCAGGUGGACCUGCGCGACGAUGGGGCGACCAUAGAAAAGCUGGCUAAGAAUAAACAGAAGCCGAUUUCAAUUGAGCAGGGCGAGAAACUGGCCAAGGAGCUGAAAGCCGUCAAGUAUGUGGAGUGCUCGGCCCUGACGCAGAAGGGACUGAAAAAUGUGUUCGACGAGGCGAUUCUGGCGGCGCUCGAGCCACCGGAACCGGUCAAGCGCAAAAAGUGCAUUAUCCUAUAAAAUAUGGCCACGACUAAUGAAAAAUUCCCUAUAGUCGCAUAUUUACAAAAACGGAGGCGUAUGGGUAGGGUGUAUUUUUAUUAUUUUUUUUAAUAUGCCUGUUUUAAUGGGGAGCCCCGGGGGCGCCGAAACUUUAAUUUUACUAGGAUAAUUUAAAAGGUUGCGCCGUUCGGAGGGAUCGAAUGGGCGUUCGACCGUUUGAACUCUGAAGGUUUUAUAAUAGUGCGAGAGUUCUUUCUUCCAUCAACGCGCUUCCCGGAUUCGCAGUUGAGGUUAUAAUCGCGAAUGGCGACCAUGGAAGGAACGACUCUCUCGACGGUUCAGUAAAAGAAGCACAAAACCUCACAAGUACUAUUAAUAUUUCGUGGUCUAUGCUCGGUUUGUGUUCCGUGUGGGAGUUUGUUUUCGUGCACGGUCGCAUAAGGGUAUUUAAACCAUUCAGGAAACUUUUAGAAGUGAAAUUAAAUUUGGCGAGAACUGAGUUUUUGCAUUUAAAAGUUCCCCUUCGGUAACAUUAUAGCAUAAAGGAGUAUCUUAAAAUGAUGAAUUCGAACCAACUAAAAAUUAAGUAUUAUUUAGGCGAGUUUUAAUUUAAAUUAGCGGCCGAUUAAUAAAAACCACAAGGUUUCUUCUCAUCCCUAACGCGGAUACUUUGGUUUUGAGAUGAACUUUUCCCUUGAUUACCUAACACUACUUGUAUAUAUUUUACUGUAAUAUUAACUUUAUUCUAAACGGUAAGCUGUAAUACAAUAAAAAGUUUUAAA